AUGGCAAUAAGGUCUCCCGCGGAAGAAGCAGUUGGCUGGGGAGAAUCUAUCAACAAACUUUUGGAAAGUAAAGCUGGCCAAAUGGCCCUCACGGAUUUCCUCAAAAAAGAGUACAGCGAGGAGAACAUCCUGUUUUGGCUGGCCUGUGAGGAGUACAAGAAAAUCCCAUCCAGCCCUGAAAGGAUAUCUGCCGCCAGCAAGAUCUACUCUGAGUUUGUGCAAGUUGAUGCUCCGAAACAGAUAAAUAUUGACUCUGAAACAAGGAAGAUCAUCGCUGCAAACAUUUCUACACCAGACCUGAAUUCCUUCGACAAAGCACAGACCUUAAUAUAUAACCUGAUGGCUCGGGAUUCAUAUCCGCGAUUCCUCAAAUCUGAAAUCUACCAGGCCAUUUUAAAACAGUCAUAG